GCAGCAUGCCGACUGCGCAGCUCUGCGCGACCAUGGGCUCCAUCGUCACGGUUGGUCCAAGCGCUAAUGGCCAUAGCUCCAUCCCUACCGUUGGCUUCAACAUGAAGCGCGUUCAGAAAGGCCAUGUAACCUUGAAGUGUUGGGACCUCGGAGGUCAACCUAGGUUUCGCUCCAUGUGGGAAAGAUAUUGCCGUGGUGUGAAUGCCAUAGUGUUCAUUGUCGACUCCGCCGACAGGGACGCUCUACCAGUUGCAAGAGAAGAACUGAAGCUGCUUUUGGAGAAGCCAGCUCUGGAAGGCAUCCCGCUCCUCGUCCUUGGCAACAAGUCUGACCUGCCUGGCAAGCUCUCGGUUGAUGAGCUCAUCGAUGCGUUGAGCCUCAAAGAAGUCUCGCACCGGGAGGUGAGCUGUUACGGGAUCAGCGCCAAAGAAGAGACGAACCUCGACGCUGUCCUCCAGUGGUUGAUUGCCCGAGCCAGCAAAUAGAUUGUGGUAUGGCCUUGAGUGGGUGAUAACGUGACCGGCGAGGGCUUGCCCACCACGUGCCCAGUGGCGCAUUCGGUUCGAUGUGGUGCUUUUUCGAUUUUCGAGUUUACGACUUCGACGCACCUAUACUCACACGAGAUUACGGCCGUCAGCUUCUUACGACAUGCUUAAUGAUUCUUACGACGUGACGGAAGACAAGACAAGCAGGUCAUACUGCAGGCCAGCGAUGGCCAUAUCGUUUUUCCAAGCUUCAGCAUAUGUUGUCUUUUUCUUGUCUUUUCUGCGGCGGAUGUCGGUUCUCUUGGGACGACGGACGGUCGCCAGUACAUCUGAUUCAGCAUGUAGCAUUUUCAUUUGUUUCGGUUCGAGCGACAAUAUAGCGGGCGUGAUAAAGAGACGGAUGGUUCGGUCCAGAUCUGGUUCGAAUAUGUAGCGGAAUAGUUGUUGUAUCUUUCAGAGUGCCUUCUAUGGGAUG